AUGGAUAUCAGGCUGAUGGUGUUGAGCAUUAUACUUGUUGCAGUGAGUGGGCGCCUGCACAAGAGACUUUGCCCGAUGUCCCGUUAUUUAUCUGUUGCCUCCUCUGACUUAACAACGCUGAAACAACUGCAACACGACCAGGAGAAGAACAUGUCCACCAAUGCAAUGAGAUGCUACAGAAGAAUGCUGAGACACAAACCAUCUGUAUGUGACCUCACGCAGAGGGAUCGUCUUAUCCUGACCUUGGAGCGUGUGUCGCUAACUGUUGACGUUCUAACCAAUAUGUCUGUGUCUGCUCAGCCUGAUACUAUAAAGCAGUCUCUUAUGGUAUUCCUCAAACUGAGGGAUGAUCUAAAGGUGUGUAGAGGAUCUCCAGAAUACAGUGAGCCCACCUCACCGGAGCUGAAGCUGUGGCUGCAUCACCUCCAGCGUUUUAAGGAGACGGCAUCUCCUGAUUGUGUCCAAGAGGCUGUGAUACUUAGUCUCAUCCCUCUGAGAGUGGAAGAUGUGACAUGUUGGGCACUCAACCAGUAA